UCUUUGCUUAAUGGUCGAGAUGAAAUCAAUGCCUCGGUGGCCUAGCAAAUGCCGGCCCUUGUUUUUUGCCCAAUGGCCGAGGUAAAAACAAGACCUCGGUUAUACAUCUGUGGCCAGGUUAAUGCCGCGUCGGUAUUUGCUCCAUGGCCAGGCUGAAAACAGCCCUCGAAUUUACCUUUGUGGCCUAGCAGAUGCCGGCCCUAGUUCUUUGCUCAAUUGUCGAGGUGAAAACAAGGCCUCGGUGGCCUAGCAAAUGCCGACCCUCGGUCUUUGCUUAAAGGACCCAUGAAACCAUUUUCGGACUUCCGGCCAAAUAAGAUGGCGUUUGGGGAUGCCCCUCAGCUCAUACAAUGUUUCCCGGGUCACGUUCGCAUGACGCGCCGCGGGGUACGUGACUUCCGGUCUUGUCCUCUUUUUAGCGCUGUGGACGUUGCUACAACGAGAGCAGUCUCUCCCCUCUCUCCCGUAUCCCUCGCUCAUGUGCCUUGCUCUUUCACCGCGGCUCCCACAGUGCUGAUUCCCGUGGCCCGUGGCUGUGCCACUGCCGCUGUUUCCCUCAACAUGGCGACCUGGAGAGACGGUCUCAGUGAAAUAGAGCGCGAGAUGUUCGCGUAUAGCGAGUCUGUUGGAUUGUCGCCGUACUCGCAUACGCCUGAAAAGCGCGAGAGAAAAGUUCGGUCGCCGAAUGAGGAAGACAUGUCGGCACAGCCCGAUCCCAGUCCGGACCCAGAUGCAUGGUGUCUGGUCACCACGGCAUGGUGCUCUUGUAAGAGGUGCGAGGUGAUGCCAACAUCGAGGGAAUGCGUUUGCUGCCGAGAAUGCCCGCCUGCUGUAACUGCUCAACCGGAGGGAUGCGUGACAGAGCACGCAGACUUUUCGCUCAUUUGCCUUCAGCCUGCCGUGCUCCGAGUAGCCUUCUGGGCACUACAAGAGGCUGGUCACAACCCGGCGCAAGGGGAACAGAGGUGCUCCGUUCGUCUCCAACAUUUCGACAUACUUCUACAUACUUAG